UCCAUUUCCUCGCUCCACAGCUCAUUCCAGAAAUUCGUAAAAGGAAGUGAGAAAUCUCUGAGACAAGCUUCUUCCCGGCAUCUCUAAUGGCCGCCGCAGCAGCUAGAAACGCUGUCCUGAGGCACCUGAGAGUGCAAGUCCAAGCCCCUGUUCGUCCUUUCAAUCUCCUCCUCGGCCGCGGACGCUACUUCUCCUCCUCAUCGUCCUCGGACGAGAUCAAGGGCUCCUUUCUCGACAAAUCGGAGGUCUCUGAUCGCAUCAUCUCCGUCGUCAAGAACUUCCAGAAAGUUGAUCCCUCCAAGGUUACACCGAAUGCACAUUUCCAGAAUGACCUUGGACUUGACAGUUUGGAUACUGUAGAGAUUGUCAUGGCUUUAGAAGAGGAAUUUGGGUUUGAGAUCCCCGACAAUGAGGCAGACAAGAUCAACACCAUCAACCUUGCUGUUGACUUCAUUGCUUCACAUCCUCAGGCAAAAUGAAACAAAUGCAGGGUUGGGUUUCUAUUUCCUCUUUUGUUCCUUUAAACCCCUGGUUCUUUCGCCCCCUUUUUUUACUAUAAAAUUCUUGGAGUUAUUUCCAAACAGGAAUUUAGAAUUCGGUUCCAGCCUUGCUUUCUCUAGAUAAGCAUUCGUUUCCUUUUGUUCAUGGAAGUCUACCUGAAUAGGAAAAUAAUUUUGACAUUUCUUGCUAUUAUUUUCUGGUUCCCAAAUUGCCAGGAUAAUGCUACAGUGAUGAUGAUGAUUAUGGCAGGUUGUUG